CAAAAAAAAGCUUGUUUUGUUUUUGUUUUCAAUAUAAAAAAAUGUUUUCUUAUUUUUUCUUCACUGCAGAAUUGACAUAAGCGGGAAGUUCUCCUCCAUUCACAAUUUAUUUUCAAAUUCGUGCCAAAGAGAGUUAAGUCAGAAUGAGGAGCAUUGCAUGGAACUACGCAAAGACCUUGAAGUCUGUCUUACCUGGAGUAAGGCAGAUGUCUUCUUCGGCACCAUUAACAACUGUAGAGGUCAAUGAUAAGACUGGCAUAGCCACCCUAACCCUAAACAGACCUCCAGUCAAUGGAUUGAAUCUGGAUCUGCUCACAUCCAUCAAGAAGUCAAUUGAUGAAAUCGAAAACAACAGAAGCAAGGGUUUGAUAUUGACUUCGUCAUCAAAGACAAUCUUUUCGGCUGGAUUGGACCUCAUGGAAAUGUACAAACCAGAUCCAGAGAGACUUAAGAGCUUUUGGACAGCUCUGCAAGAUGCUUGGAUAGCUCUUUAUGGAUGCAAUGUUCCCAGUGUGGCAUUGGUCAAUGGACACUCACCAGCUGGUGGUUGUUUGCUAGCAACUAGCUGUGAGUACCGUGUCAUGUUGCCCAACUUCACAAUCGGUCUAAAUGAAACAAAGUUAGGCAUUGUUGCUCCUGAUUGGUUUAUGACAACAUUCUUAAAUGUGCUUCCACGUCGAACCGCUGAAAAUGCCUUGACUCAGGGUAAACUCUUUACAACCGAAGAAGCUCUGCAGGCCGGUCUGAUUGAUGAAGUAGCUGCCACAAAAGAAGAAGCCUUAGCUAAAUGUGAGAAGUUUAUAGCUUCAUUUGCCAAAGUCAAUCCAAUUGCCAGAGGCAUAACGAAACAAAAAUUCCGAAAGGCCGGAUUAGAUCAAAUGGUUAUGACAAGAGAACAAGAUUUGCAAGAGUUCUUGUUUGUUAUCAACCAGCCGAUGGUUCAAAAAGGACUUGGCAUGUAUUUGGAAGGAUUGAAAGCUAAAAAAGCUUAGGA